UUAUAGCAUAAUCGGGCACCUGCUUGUAACCUUGACCUUUGUAAUUGAUCAUGUGACUCAGAGUUUCCUUCAAGCGGUUAGAAAGAAUUUGAUCAAAGCGUCGGAGUGACCGGUGUUGUUUUCGUGGAUUAAAAUGACACUUUUUCGAAAAAGUAAGAGUAAAGGGGACUUGCAACAGGAGUUUCAGACAACUGUACGAUUCCUUGAUGAUUCGGAACCGAUCCAGUUGUCGUUUACGAAAGAGACCACUGGUCAGUUUGUGUUGGACAAGGUCUGUGAAACCCUGAACCUUUUGGAGAAGGAUUACUUCGGACUGCGAUAUGUAGACGCAGAGAAACAGAGGCACUGGUUGGAUCCAACAAAGACUGUGUACAGACAGUUGAAAGGAGUGAGCCCAUGUGUGCUGUGUUUUCGGGUGAAGUUUUACCCUGCUGAACCCAUGAAGCUUCAUGAGGAGAUCACCAGGUAUUACUUGUUUCUGCAGCUGAGGCGGGAUCUGCACCAUGGGAGACUACUCUGCUCACCUCAGGACGCAAACCUUCUUGCUGCCUACAUCAUACAAUCGGAGGUGGGUGACUAUCACCCAGAGGAUCACCCUGCAGGCUACGUGGCGGAGUUCAAGAUGCUGCCCAACCAGACGGCACUGCAGGAGCAACAGAUACAUGAACUGCACAAGACACUCGCGGGUCAGGUGCCUGCAGAAGCGGAGGCUAACUUCUUGAAAAAGGCUGCAUCCCUGGACACAUAUGGGGUUGACCCGCACAAGGUCAAGGACCAGAAAGGGAACCAGAUGUACCUGGGAGUUACACACCAGGGCAUUAUGACCUUCCAUGGCAGCAGACGAACUCAGAUCUACAAAUGGACACAAAUAAAGAAACUAGCCUUUGAAGGAAAGACUUUCAUAGCGCAUGUAAAUGUUAAUGAGGAUGUGGAAGGGAGCCAUUCUAAAAAGAAGCACCAGCCCAUCGGAUACAAGUGCAUCACUGUGGCGGCCUGCAAGUACCUGUGGAAAUGUGCCGUCGAGCAGCAGUUCUUCUUCACAUUACAGACUUCCUUUAACUCUCCCAAGGUCAGAUCAGGGGGCAGCCUAUUUUCCAGAGGGUCAAAGUUCAGAUUCAGUGGUCGUUGUCAGAACGAGGCCUACAGUGCGAGUGAGGAUAUUAAGAGAAAGGAACCAGACUUCCAGAGAACGUGUUCGUUGCCCAACUUUGCCCGAAAGUCCGACUCUAAGAUUCACAUGCGCAACUCUGCGAACAUCUCUGAAGCGAACACGUUACCACAUAUGACCAGUGUCCCGACCGUCUCUGUUCAACCUGAGAAUUUCGAAAAACGCAAAAACUCUCGUGGCUCCCAAGAAAAUGAAAAACCUAAUUCGCAGGAAAAUAAGUCUGAGCGUCAAAAUUCUUUGAGUAGACGCAAAUCUAGAGAAUCACAAGAAAAAAUAAAACCAACUGAGCAGGCAGAAAGUCCUAUUGCUGUAGAUGAGAAUGCUAUUAAGCCCCUGAAAGCCCCUGGGUUAAAGGCAGAGGUCAAAACUUCCGUUCCCGUAGAGGUCUAUCAUGAAAGCUCAGUUAAACAGCAGACAACUCAGUCUGAAGCUGAGCCUAAAGCAAACAGAGUUGUCCCCCCUGCUUUCAACUACAUUAAGCCUUUUGAUACUGAAACUAAGACAAAACCAUCAUCUGAGCCAAAGCCUGCAGUUUCUGAUAAAAUUCUUACCAAUGGUACUGGUGAGCCUGUAAAAGUCGAAGAAAAUGUCCAACGCGAUGCUGAAUCUUUCGAAACCGAGCAUCCAAAACCUUUCGUAGGAGCUAGGCCAAAACUUAAGGAGAUAGGAAGGUACACCACGAAGGAGGUUAUGCGUUACACUGAGGUUGAACAGAGAGAGACGGUGAUUGGUCCUGAGUCGGUUAUCGUACCAACUUCCACGACGGAAGCAAAACUGGAAUCUAAGAUCGUGACUUUACCUGUGAGAGUUGCAGCCUCUAGUAAAAAUGCUGACGUUAAAGUCGCACACAAAGAAAAUGCAGUUGACGUUCCAAAUUCCGUCAAGCCAAGCGCAACACCAGGGACCAGUCUACCAGGCGUGACCGAGACUCCAGUGGUAGAAGAAGAGAUGACACAGCUUAGGACAAGGGUUGAGGAGUCCAUUAUUCCAGGUGCACUAAAGAUUAACGGAGCCGUUCCAAUGAUAAGCGUGAUGCCCCCUGAUUCUCCACCGGCUGAGGAGGAUGAUAUGGUUCAGCCAUACAACCCUAACGUGACCACAUACGAGGAUGAUGACAUUGUCACUGUUCCCCAAAAGAGCCUUGAAGAGCAGUUAAAGGAUUUAGAGAUUGAGGCUGAAGAGAAGCAAGAAAACCAUGUUCAACCUGUCGCUGAACCUAAAUCUCAAGCUGUCAAGCCAUUAGCCCCUUCCAAGCGCGGCUGCUCAUGCUGCAAGGUGUUUGCAUUCACAUUCUUUUCCUUGUUCUUGACAUUCGCUUUGUGUGCCUGCGUUGUGAUGUUCUCGAACGUUGACCAUCCGAUCAUGAACGAGGCACGCGCUCGACUGCCCUUCCUUGAACCGACGCGAGAUUUCAUCCUGCACAAGUUCGAGGAUAUCAAGAAGAAACUGUGAGGUCUUGCCUCCACAUACUCCUCUUUCAUAUCAACCAAUCAGGUUUUGCAAUACUAAUGAAGGCAAGAGAUGUUGUUUUUUUCAACCAUUCGCAUACUUGGAUUAAGAAUUGUUGAUUGCAUCCAUAUCAUUUGUCAGAUAAAAUGUUUCAUAGCUUUUUCGCUUUGAAUUUGUGAAUUAAGUCUUACAAAGUUGGUUUAAUUUUGUUUAAAUAUAAGGGUAGCAAUAUUUAGAGUUACCUUUUUUUAGAGAUAUUUAAUUUGCCAGCUCGUGAUUUGAAAAGCUUCUACAAACUUUCACUGAACAAAUUUAUUUAAGAUAUUUACAUUUAUCAUGUAUCUAUUAAUAUUUCUACUGUAAGCUAAGUAUUUAAAGGCAUUACUUUUAAUAGACAAUUUGUACACUUUUAACAUGUUGUUUAUUUGCUAAGUAUUGGCCUUUAAACUCUAGGUUAUAUAUUUUCCUGUUAAAUUGUUUUGUACGUAAGAUUGUAUUUGCAUGUUUUUAUUCAGGUUGCAAUAUAAUAUGUAAUUGUGUGUAGCAUUUAGAUUUAGCAGGGCAGAUUGGUGUAAUCAAUCAAUUUAGGGAUGUUGUCAUUAAAAGUUUUGCUUUAAAAAAAAACAAAAAACUUUUGUUGUAAGCUGUUAGGAAAUCAAGUUUGACUAUGCCAAGAUGAGACAUGCUGAAAUGUUCACAGAUUUAUUUCAUGCAGAUUUUAUGGAAGGUAAUAUUAUACACCUGUUAUUAUAUCCUAGUUCAAAUUGUUGAUGUUAGGACAAUAAAGUUUAGCAUGGUUUGAGUGUUAUAAAAAAUAUUUAACUAAAUUUUCAACUUUUCAAAUGUUCAGCUUAUUUGGGUGGCUUGAAUGUCUUAAGAAACAGAUUUAAGUCAUUCAUGAUUGUAUUUGUGUUUUAUGUAUAGAAAUUUAUUUUCAAAUGACUCUCUAGAGUUAGACCCCGCAGUGUAAAUUCUCUUAUUUUCACUUGAUUUAAUGGCCUCUCAGUAAAUAACACUGUUGCUAAACUGUAAUGAUUUUGCAUCUUGUAUACUUUUCAUUACUUUUGUGAGUGAUGUAUUUUGUACUUAGCAAUGCAAGUCUGUACAUUGUCAAUACAUUCUAUUAAAUUUGUUACAAAAAUGUAAGUAUUCUUAACUUAACCGAAAUGUGGUUUUUUUUAACAUUUCUGUUUUGGCCAUUGGUAUUGUAAAUUUCUGUGCGUUCCAGUAUGUAUAAUAUAGUCCUUAAAAGAACUCUGAAUUACAGACUCAAAAUGCGUCAGAUUAGAGAAUUCAACCUUAUCAUAUGCCCAUUUAAUUCCUUUUGCAUUGGCGUAGCUCUUAAAGAAGCAAUAUAGGACCUUUAUCCAACCAAAGCAAUAAAAUGUAUCCUAAUUUGUUUUGAGGGGAACAAGGAACCUCCCUUUCCUAUUUUGCUUUCAUACCAAGCCUUGUUUAUCCAUGACCUAAACAACAACAUAUUUAAUAAAUGAGCCGCGUUCUGAGAAAACUGGGCAUAAUGCUUUUGUGUAAAGUGUCGUCCCAGAUUACCGGUAGUCUGUGCAGUCCGCACAGGCUAAUCACCGACGACACUUUCAGCUGAAAUGGUAUUUUUCGUUUAAAGGAAGACCCUUCUUAACGAAAAUCUAGUUUAAGCGGAAAGUGUCGUCCCUGAUUAGCCUGUGCAGACUGCACCGGCUAAUCCGGGACGACAUUUUACGCACAUUCAUUAUGCCCAGUUUUUUCAGAACACAACCCAAUUGGAGAUAUUUAUCCAUGGUCAAGAUUUUUGCCUAAUUUAGCAAUGCAUCCCUAAAAUAGUGAUAUGUUAUUUGAAAUAGACAUAAAAUUUACUACAUUAUUGAUCCCAUUAAUGAAUAUGCAUUACUUUUUAAUGUCUUAAAACAAAAUAUAAUUUUUUUGUGAAAUGUUGAUAAAUUGGGAUAUGUUCGUUGUGCAUUAAUUUAAAUGUUGGGUUAUAAGACAAACAAAAGAUCACAAGAUUAACUACUGCUUUUAGAAGAGAGCAACAACGGUUUGGUUUGGUUCAAAUUUGAAUACAACAGUAACAUGUUUUUAUUGGUGGGAUCUAUGUAAACCAGAUGUUUGCAGUGUGUUGAUUUAGUCCAAUCAGUGUUUGCAAGAUGUUUCAAGCAUUAUCAUUGGUUUCAUCUGUGUGAAACAGAUGUUUGAAGUGUUUCCAUUGGUUGCUUUGGUUGUGGGUUGCAAGGCCUGGUUUCAACUCAAGAUUGAGAGGUUCUGCAAGAUUUAUUGGGGGAAGAUCAAGGGGCAAUACUCAUGCAUGUCAGUCUUACAUUUUUAUUACCGUUCUGUUUGUACUUUCUUUACAUUUGGUUUUGAUGUAGAUGGUGGGUUAUUUAAUAUUUAAUGGAAACUGCUGGCAUUUUUAUACUUAGCUAUGAAUCAUGUAUAGUUCAUUUGUACAUACAUGUAUUUUCUGAUUUCAAAUGGAUCGAUAUGUGCGAGCAUUUUUUAUGUCAAUACAUACUGCUUUAAUGUAAAAAGAUCAUUUUGUUGGUAAUAGGUAUUUCUUGGAAAGGGAGCAGAUAAAAGCAUCAUAGUUUCCCUAGUGACAGCAACAAUCAUUGAUUUCAAAGUAGGUCUUAACUGAAAAUAUAGAUCACUGAGAACGAUUGUCAUGUAUAGGCUUUGAUUUCCAUAGUUUCAAAUGUGAUGAGAAUGGAUAAAGGUCUAAGUCAUGACGGUCACAUUUUUAAACUUAGGUGAUGUAGGUUUAUCAAUACGAACAUGCUCAAAAAAAAAGGAGUUCAUCAGAUCCAUAACCAAUUUCAGUACUGAUUGGGGGUCACAGGUAGACAAAUUGUACUCUUUAUUAUUCUACAACUAUUUUCACAAAUUGAAUUUCUACAAAACAGUUUUAACAACAUCUUUGUUUACUCCAUCAAAUUGUUACUGUAUAGUUUCUUUAAUUGUGAUGACAGUGUGCAACGACAGUGAGACUGAUUUGAGCUGGGUUUCAAGGAUGCUUAGAAUUUGUUGCUGCUUUACUACAAAGAAUCUCAUCACGAUUCUUAUGUUUUAAUUCAUGUAUUGGCCAAAGAUUUGCAAUUUAAUUCAUAUCGAAUGUUUUUAUUGGUUAAUAUUCAUCAUUAAUGUUAGCUUAAAGAAUGAGUAGAAGUCAUAGCAAAUAGGCUUUUGGGCUGAUCUUUUUUAAAUAUGAAGGGAUAAACAAAAUAUUUAAUAUGAUGAUAAUGGACUGAUGUAAUUGCUGGUGUGAACUUUGUUUUGUUUGUUUGUGUUUUGUUCUCUUGUGGUUGUCUUUAAUUUUUGCUGUUUUUAUUUAAAGUUCAAAAAUAUUUUAUUUUUCGAUUUUUUAUAUAUAGUUGUAUCCCUGUUUUAAUAAAUUAUGGCGUUGUUAUUUUGUUGUUGUUGUUGUGUUUUUUUCGUUUAAUUUUCAAUUCUGUUCUGUUUAUUACCGUGACUGGUUAAGUGAUCUCCCUCAUUGAAUGUGUUCUGCUUAUUGAAGUCAUUGUUUCUCAGAGCGCCUUAAAUGAUUGAAUAACCAAAAGCGCCUAAAUAAUAUCUGCAAGUGUUAUGGGGUGUUUUUAUUGUUUGGUAUAAUUAAUUGAUGAUUUCCAAGGUUUAAGGGUUUGUAAAUCUCGCAUUUUAACAUGAUCAGAAGGGUUUUACAAAAGUUUUGGGCUACAUACCACCAAAUGCACAGUAAAGAUUGUUUUUAAAUCCUAUUUUUACUUAAUAAUUAUUUGAUUGUUAAGUUGAGUCCCAUUUUAAUUGCAGUAAAUAAAUCACUAAGUAUUGUAUUGUCAAUGUGUGGAUUCCUAAAGUGUUAAAGUCAUUUAAUAUGCGAUGUUGGUUAUUUUACCAAAAGCAUGUACUUGUAUUUUAUCUACCAGUAAUGAAUCUUAAAAUACCACAGUAAGUACUGAUAUAAUGGUUAUGGAAGCUAAUUUGUUAAUGGUCAUAUUGUUAAAUUGUUUUGACCACAUGAACACAAAUGUGAAAUGCUUAUGGUUAGGCAUGGUUAACAUAUGUUUAUUUGCUAGAAGAGAAAUGUGUCCAAGAUAAGAGUUAAUGGGAUCCUUGGCAGAUAUUUCAGUUUGCUCGAAAUAAGUGAUGCAGCAAGUUUACUUCAAAUCUUUUGUUUUCUCUUUAUAAUUUGCCAUGUAUUGGUAAUCUCCGAUUUGUAACAGUCUUAUACUGCUAUGUGACCGCAUGUGUAAAAUAUUCAUUAUUGAACAUAAUAAAGAAGUAUAAUUUAGAACAACCAUUAGUUGAAAAAAAUGCUUUCCUGAUGCAUUUUGUCUUUAUGAUUGAACUAUUGUUUUUCUCAUUUGUGGUUUGUGUGGUGAUCCAGUUUUUAGCGAGGCUGUUUUCGGAGAAAACCCAACUAUUGUUAUAGCCAGCUUGUCCGCUGUCCGCCGUAGGCGUCGUGCUAAAACCUUAACAUUGGCUCUAAUAUCAAAGUGCUUCCACCUACAACUUUGAAACUUCAUAUGUAGAUGCACCUUGAUGAGUUCUUCAUGCCACACCCAUUUAGGGUCACUAGGUCAAAGGUCAAGGUCACUGUUACCUCUAAAAAAAGAAAAAUUAUGACAAGCUUUCGAGGCGAGCGUGGGACCCGUUAUACGGUGCUCUUCUUAUUGUAUUGCACCAAUCAAGUUAUCAUGAAUAAUAAUAUAAUUGUUUUUGCAGUCAUAAUAAUUCUUGCUUUACACCAGAAAUUUGUCUCAAAACAAAUGAAAGUGAUUUUUCAAGUCCCGCGUUUAAAUAAAAUGCAGUUAUAUUAGUGUGUACCCACAUCUAUUUAUAUUUACUAUUUUUAACUUAAGCAGAUUUUUCUAAUGUGUGCUCAAGUGUCUUGAGUCAUGUAAAGGGAAUGCAUACGUAUCCAAGCUCUGAAAGUCCCACAUAAAGGCUCUGUUAAAUCAGCAAGAUAUAAGCAUAAAGUGGCAAGUAAUCAAAGCAUGAUGGUUAUUUGCAAACAUGUUCCAAAAAGAAAGUUGUUCUGGAAAGUGUACAUUAUUCAGUAUGGCGCAAUAAUGCGCUCAAAUUCAAAAAGUAAAUAAUGGCUAUGUCUCCUUAUGGGGUGAGCCAGUUUAUCUACAAGAGUGACCUUAAUGUCUAAACAAAGGAGUAGUAACCACUCUUUGUUUUGUUUCAUGCUCUUUGUCUGGUAAGUUUAAAAUGCUGCUUGUUGGUGAUGCUUUCAGAGUUUUGAUUUGUAUUCACAAUGGAUACUUAUAAAAGAGCCAUUGGGCUUUUGACAUUUGUUGUUUUGGGCAGUGUUGCUGAAAAUUAUUGAUAAUAGGAAUAUACAUCUAGUGAGUAUACAUGUAAUAGUGUAUUGUCAGAUGUUGUAAUCAGGGGGUUUUGUUGUUGAUUGUUUGAGAAAACACAUGUAAAGACAACAAAUUAUGUUACCAAUUAAUCUAACAUUUCUAUAAAAUUGUUUGAUGCUGGGUUUAUUUACAUCAUCUAUGUACACUGUACAGCUUCUACCGUUUAUACAUAAGUGUUUAUAUCUUCACAUGUAAUGCUUUUUCAUGGUGUUAGUACAAAGUGAAUGUUUGUUUUCAAAUAAUGAAUUGUCAUUUUUGUCAUGUAUCUACAUAUGAGCGGGGCUUUGGAAAAACUGGACUAAAUGCAUGUGCUUUAAGUGGCACCCCAGAUUAGACUGUUGAGAUUGACCUGUGCAGUCCAAAGAUUGCAGUAAGUCAGGGUUUCUUGGAGACUGACUCGUUUUAUUAUAGCAUGGUAACUACAGGAUUUCAUGAUUACUCAUUGCUUUUGUUAAUACGACAAAUAUAAAAAAUACAAAUAAAUGCACCCUAAACUACAA